GACAAGUCCCCAACACGUACCUUGCAGACAAGAUGAACCAAAUAAAGCAGACUCGAAAGAAGUUACAACAUCGACAUGUAGAGAUGGGAUUAUCUGUUAGUAAACGCACCGUGGAAGGGCUUGGUAUCCAUUACAAUGUCUACAUAGCAGGUAUUGGAGAAGCCGAUAGGGAUAGUGGUGAAAGAGAAGGAGGAGCGGCAGUUUUCAGGCUUUCAGUCAGGGCCGGCCAUCCAUUUCUUACAGUAAUCGGAGAAUCUACAGUAAUCGGAGAAGACGCCAUGCCCGAUGCGAUGGAUUCCAAAGGAAACACAGCUCACAUCGAUUUCCGCAGACCCCCUUUCAUGGACUGCGUAGAUGGCCCUUCAAAGACCCCCUCUCUAAAGAGGAAAAUAGAACCAUUGACCUUUCCAUUGGUUCCAAUAAAAGAGGCCCUCUCCUUAUUCACCAAGAGAGCUACCAAUCUUGAGUUUUGCUCAAAGGUGUGUGUGUUUGAGGAACCCAAGGAAUCCCUGCACCAUUCUCCCAAGGGAACUGAUGCUUCAUCGCUGCCUAUAGACAUAGGGCACGAGGUUAAUACCAAAUGCAGUGGAGAAGUCACAAGUUCGGAGGGUUUUGUUGGUGAUCUCUCCCUAGCCGAAACUAAUAAGCAAAUAGUUAUUUACCAAACUAAAUCAGCUCCUAGCUUCACCCUCUCCACCAGUCAAUCCGAAGAGUUUCCACCUCUACCACGGAAAAUCCUUAGUCCUUCUGCUCCCGCCUUUGUGCCUGCUAUAUACUCCUAUGCUGCUCUUUUCACUCAGGAAGAAGGAUCCGAAGCUAUAGCAAAUCUGGAAGAUGAUCCCUUUUCAAAUCUUCAUGGGCAAAGUUUGAUACUAUCCCUCAAUGCAGUGGAAGAUCACGCAAAGGACAAGGAUGGACCCAUUCUAUAUACCCACUCUGAUGGGGAGGAUUUUGUGUUCAUAGAUACAAAGCUCAAACCUCUACAAAUUGACCUCUCAAGAUGCUCCAAACACCCCCUCCAUCUCCGUAAGGAACUCAAGGGCAGAAGGGCAUACUCACCGUCACAAAUUGUUACGAGGAGUAAGGCUAAAAUCCUUGAGCAAGGUAGGAAAUUUAAUCCUAUCGGUUGGGUUGAAGAAGAAGACUUGUUAGAUCCCCAAGAAUCACAUGAAGACGAGGUUAUCAAUUUUUUCAAACUUUGUUGUCCUCACAAGAUAGAAGAUCCUAAACCUCUUACCAAAACCCAAAAAAAGAAAAUGAAGAAGAAAAAGAAGCAGUCUCAAUUUUCUGCAUAUGGUUUUGAGGAAGAAAUAGAAUAUGCUUAUUGAUUGUCAUGUAGUUUUAGGUAAUCUCUACCUACUGUUUUUUCCUUUAGCUUCCUCUUUUAGUUACUGCCUUAAUUUCCAUGUCAGGGAGUUGGAGUUGAAGCUUAGAGCACCUGUUUUUCAUCUCUCAACACUGCCAUAUCCCUUAUCUUAGGGUAUACGGCUGGUCUCUGUUGA